UUGCGGAAGCCGAAGAAAGAGGUUUCUCAGUACUACAAGAAGCAGAAUGAGCUUUUGGAAAAUUUCAAGAACGACAGUGAACAGAUCCAGGUGUUUCAAAAAGUUCGAACGCGGCAACGGUUGAUAUCGUCUACAAGUACAGAGGGCGAUCUGACAAACAAGGACGAUGGUGAAGAUUUAAAUCGAAACUUGUCCCAGAAAGGCUCGAAAGUCAGCAAUAACAAUCUGUCGACUUCCGAUACGAUGGCCCCUUUGUUAAAGAACACGGAUGGUGAGCAGGACGUCGAAAUCGGCAAUGUCGCACCUAACCAACCUCUAGUAGAUCGUGGAGAUGAUCGGAAGUCAUCUAUCGCGUCCGAUAUCUCUAUGUUAGCAAGGCAUGAAGCUAAUAUGGACGCUGCGCGAGCAACGUCUAAAGCAGCGUCACGAUUAGCACAUGCGACAUUGAUCGUGAAUAUAUCUCUGAUGGUCGCCAAGGGCGUUGCAUCGUACUUAUCCGGAUCGUUGUCUAUUUUGUCAUCAUUGGUUGACUCAUGUGUCGACAUCACAUCUGGGCUGGUGAUCUCAAUUUCAACGCGGAUGAUCAAGAAAAGAGAUCCAUACCUCUACCCAAGAGGGCGCACGAGACUGGAACCUCUGUCGCUGGUGAGUGAUUUGAUUUCCUUGUUGAAGGAUUGA